GCGAGAUUAGACCACUUUCGAACACCUGGUUGGGCGGAAAAUGUCUGGGCAUGUACGUAGAUGGCCUAAGGGGCAGCACAAGAUAUUGCAAAGCGUAAACCCACGUAAUCGGCGCAUGCACCUAUUGCGUGCCUCCCGAUACACCACCGUCAGCAAUGUCCCAUCUCCACUUUUUUGCAUUAGAGGGCGGGCCAUUUCCGUUAUGAGAGUAUCGGCCGAUGGAAAAUAUAAAUAUGGGUGCGGCCCCAAGUUUUUGAAAACGUUUCCCAUACUCCAUCUUUAUACAUAACCAUGGAUUUGAAGGAAAAGAUUGACGAAAAGUCAAACGAACACAACGGGAUUGAAGUGCAGAGCGCCGAAGACUCCAAUGACCUCGGAAUGGUCUACGCCAACGGAGAUGGCUUCGAGGAGGAAGAAGGGAGAAUGCCGACCGACGAAGAAAUGAAGACCUUGCGUCACAUUUCCGAAAAGAUUCCAUUAUCGUGUUGGUUGGUUGCUAUUGUUGAGUUGUGUGAGCGUUUCUCUUACUACGGUUUGUCCGGUCCUUUCCAGAACUACAUGCAAAACAGUCCAACAGAUACCCCGCCGGGUAUCUUGAACUUGGGUAACUCCGGUGCCACGGCUUUGUCGUACUUCUUCCAGUUUUGGUGUUACAUCACCCCAAUUUUUGGGGCCUGGAUUGCCGACUCUUUCUGGGGUAAGUACAAGACUAUCUUUGUUUUCUGCAUCAUUUACUUCUUUGGUAUCUUCAUCUUGUUCAUCACCUCUGUUCCAUCUAUCACCUCUCCGUCUGUGGCUCUUGGCGGCUACGCCACUGCUAUUGUUAUCAUUGGUAUUGGUACUGGUGGUGUCAAGUCUAACGUUUCCCCAUUGAUUGCUGACCAGAUUCCAAAGACUAGUCCAAGAAUCCACAUCAUCCCAAAGACUGGCGAACGCGUUAUUUUGGAUCCAGCUGUGACCAUCCAGAACGUUUUCUUGUUCUUCUAUUUGAUGAUUAACGUCGGUUCCCUUUCGGUUAUUGCUACUACUGAAUUGGAGAUGCACAAGGGUUUCUGGGCCGCAUACCUCUUGCCAUUGUGCUUCUUCGUUGUUGGUAUUACUGUCUUGGUUAUCGGUAGAAACAAGUACGUCAAGACCCCACCUUCCAGCACCGUCAUCGCUGACAGUUUCCACAUCAUGUGGAUCGGUGUCAGAAACAAGUUCAGCUUCGACGCUGCCAAGCCAAGCAACAGCCCGGACAAGAACUACCACUGGAACGAUCACUUUGUUGAGGAAGUCAAGAGAGCCAUGAUUGCUUGUAAGGUAUUCUGUUUCUAUCCGAUCUACUGGGUGGUUUAUGGCCAGAUGUUGAACAACUUUGUCUCCCAGGCUGGCCAAAUGGAGUUGCACGGUUUGCCAAACGAUAUCUUGCAGGCUAUUGACUCCAUUGCCAUUAUUGUUUUCAUUCCAAUCUUUGAACAUUUUGCUUACCCAUUCAUCAGAAGAUUCACUCCUUUCAGAGCAAUCACCAGAAUCACCCUCGGUUUCUUCUUUGGUGCUGCUGCCAUGGCCUAUGCCGGUGUCUUACAACACUACAUCUACAAGGCCGGGCCAUGCUACACUUUCCCAUCUCAGUGUGCUGCCUCUGACAACGGUAAGAUUCCAAACCACAUCAACAUUGCUCUCCAGGUGCCAGCUUACGUUUUGAUCGCUAUUUCUGAAAUCUUGGCUUCCAUUACCGGUUUGGAGUACGCCUACACCAAGGCUCCAUCCUCCAUGAAGUCCUUCAUCAUGUCCAUGUACUUGCUCACUACUGCUUUCGGCUCCGCCUUGGGUAUCGCCUUGUCCCCAACUUCCGAAAACCCCAAGUUGGUCUGGACCUACACUGGGUUGUCCGUCUCUUGUUUCAUCGCUGGUGUCUGCUUCUGGUUGUGUUUCCAUCACUACAACAAACAGGAAGUAAAGCUCAACGCUUUAGAAUACAACAAGGAAUCUGCCGAAGGCGUCAAAAACUCCGAUGCCCAGGAUGCCGAGAACGACAUCAUGCCAAUGAUCUCUCCAAAGUCCUUCUAAGAACGAUAAGUUUAUUGUGUAUACUACUUUUCAUGCUGCGAUAUAGGGUCCCAAAUCUCGCAGCAUCCAACCGGUUAUUAUCGUUAUUUGCUAAUUUAUGGUUUUCAUGUGCUACUACUGUAAGACCUCGCUAAAAAUAAUUGAGAGGUAUCUUUGCACCAUUGUAAAGUUCA